AUGAUAGUGUUGACAAUGAGUCUCGUAGUGAAUAUGAUGAUAGUAGAGGAAAGAUUCAAGUUGCCCUAUGAACUAGACUUCAAAACGAAUCUGAAGAACUUGAAGCUAAUAGGGUCAUUUAGUGAAGAUGAAGAAAUAGAUGGUGAAACUCUUCAUCAACCCUAUGAGAAAUUGUAUAACAGGAGUUACACCUUGACAAAAAUAAACAUAAAGUUGUCAAUGAAACUCAUUGUGAGUAGAAAGGAGAAAGAGAAAGUAGAGCAAGAGCUCUUUGAAGCUCAAGUUGAACUAUGGGUUUACGCUUACUUCCCGGCUCUUGCUCCAGAGCCAGUGGAUGAGAUUCCUCCGACUGGUGGAGGGCGACUAUGCAACUUUCAUCCAGACUCAUCUCAUGCCGCCUCUGAUCGAAGCUCGGCAGACGACGCAGUAGAUGCUCCUUUGACUGACAAGGCUGAACGGGAAGCUGAUACCAACAUUGAGGAAGGCCCUUCCGGUAGGCAGGCACCCGUUGAGUACACAGAGGGCUUGCUCCAGCUGGUUGCUUCUCUGGCUGGCAUGGUUCAGAUGAGAGAGGCAUUGUUUGCUCCUAUUUGUACCGAGUACACCAGCACUAGUGGCGGCAACAGCACUAGCAACAUCCCUUCUAGCGGUAGGAAGGAGAGUGACUCCAAGGAGGCAGUGAAUCGACAUUCUAAAUCCGAGAGCGAGGACGAUGAUGCUGACUCGAGAUCAGAGAGCGGGCAUGACGCCGAGGUCAGCUCUGCGACAGAGAGUAGAGAGGAUGAUGUAGGCUCUGACUCAAAGUCUGAUUCUGAUGGCAACAGUACUGAUCGAGACAGUGCCCCUGAGUCCCCUCUGAGGAAGAAGACGAAGAGGGCCUCUUGA